AUGCAGAACAGCCCAGCAGACUCGCCACCGGGUUUCUUGAACUUGAAAUCGCAGGGUGCCACAGGUCUUUCGUAUUUUUUCCAAUUUUGGUGCUACGUGACGCCAGUUUUUGGUGGCUGGUUGGCCGACACGUAUCUGGGGAAAUAUUCUACCAUCUGCUGGGGAACGGGUAUUUACGUUAUAGGUAUUUUGGUUCUUUUUGUGACGUCUAUUCCUAGCAUCACCACUCAGAAUGCAGCGGUUGGCGGGUUUAUUACUUCUAUUAUUCUAAUUGGUAUUGCAACCGGUUUGAUUAAGGCGAAUCUUUCUGUGUUGAUCGCAGAUCAAUUCCCAAAAACCGGUCCGAAGAUCAUCACUAAGAAGAAUGGUAAAAAAGUUAUUGAAGAUCCUAAUAUCACUAUUCAAAAUGUCUUCAUGUUCUUCUACUUAAUGAUCAACGUUGGUUCCCUAUCGGUCAUUGCAACCACAGAACUGGAGCUGCACGUUGGGUUUUGGGCUGCUUAUCUGUUGCCAUUCUGCUUCUUCUGGAUAGCUGUAAUUGUUUUGGCCGUUGGUAGAAAUCAGUACGUUAAACCUCCAAUCGGUGAUAAAGUUAUCUCAAAAUGUUUCAAGGUUAUGUAUAUCGUUUCCAAGAAUAAAUUCAAUUUCGAUGCAGCCAAGCCAAGCUAUAAUCCUGAAGUUGCAUUUCCAUGGAGUGACAAGUUUGUUGAUGAAAUCAAGAGAGCGCUGGGUGCUUGUAAAGUUUUCUGCUUCUACCCCAUUUACUGGGUCUGCUAUGGACAAAUGCUAAACACAUUCGUCAGUGUUGGUGGCACAAUGGAGUUACAUGGAUUACCUAAUGAUUUUUUCCAAGCAAUUGAUUCUAUAGCGUUGAUCGUUUUUAUUCCAAUCUGUGAGUACUUUUUAUAUCCGUUGAUUAGAAAAUUCACACCAUUGAGACCAAUCACAAAAAUAUUUCUCGGCUUCAUGUUUGGUGCAGCAGCAAUGGUAUGGGCUGCAGUUCUUCAACAUUUCAUUUACAAAGCAGGACCUUGUUAUGAUCACCCAUUAUCUUGUGACACGCCAAACAGAAUACACGUUGCUUGGCAAGUUCCUGCAUACGUUCUAAUUGCUUUCUCUGAGAUUUUUGCCUCUAUUACCGGUUUGGAAUACGCUUAUUCAAAGGCGCCAGUUACAAUGAAAUCUUUCAUCAUGGCUCUGUUCUUGCUAACCAACGCUUUUGGUUCAGCGCUUGGCUGUGCUAUUUCUCCAGUUGUGGUUGACCCCAAAUUUGUUUGGAUGUACACUGGCCUGGGUGUUGCCUGUUUCAUUGCUGGUUGGCUAUUCUGGUUCUGCUUCAAGCACUACAACAAGACUGAAGAAGCUCUAAAUGCUAUGGAUUACGAUAGUGAUGAGCUGAUGUUGAAGAAACUUGAUGACUCAAAACUUGAGGCAAGCACCAGCUCAUCAUCUGCUUGA